UGCAAGUAACAACUACAACCUACCUUGUAAAUGUUCUUUCCCUAGGUGUUCCUCUUAUUGACGGAGGCACGGUGAGGUUACCUCAUCUCAUAGGUCUGUCCAGGGCUUUAGACCUCAUUCUGACAGGACGCCCUGUCGGUGCACAGGAAGCGCUUGCGUUUGGAAUUGCCAAUAGAGUGGUCCCUGAUGGACAAGCUUUCCAGUGUGCCAUGGAAGUGGCUGAACAGAUCUCUGCUUUCCCACAGCAAUGCCUGCGAGCUGACCGAUUGUCAGCUUACCACAGCAUCUUUGAUGCCUCUUCUUUCUCUGAGGCCAUGCAGUUUGAAUUUGACCACAGCAAGCAUGUGAUUCUAAAGGAGGCUGUCCCUGGUGCUAACAAAUUCAGCUCUGGGACAGGGAGAGGGGGGGAGUUUUCUUAAUAUAAAUUUAUUGGAUUUUAUAAAGAAGUAAAUUUUUCACCUGCAUAUCAAAUUUAAAGUGCAGAUUGUAAUAAACCAUUUGUCAGUAAAAAAAAAAAAAAAAAAAAAAAAAAAAAAGAAUACGGAAUGAGCAUUGUUUGCAUUCUUCUAUUGAAACCUAAUGCUAGACUUAAGAUAAUCUUUAAAGUUGUUUAUUUGUAAAUAUUAUAUAUGCUAAAACCAGAAUGCUUGAUAAGAUCCUCAGUGUGACUAAAACAGUUGCCUUUUUAUGAAUGUUUCACUGACUAAAAACAUUCUAAAGCGAUGGAAGGUCUUUGUUUCUGUUUAGUAGCUGUACUUCUGGGACAUAAGCUUCCUUGCAUGAUAAAAAAUAAUCUCUACCUAUCAAAAAAUUUGAAAAUGAGCAGACACAACCACAUUCCCAGUGGGGCCGGUUGCUGUUUUUUCAAAGUGUAAAUGGUACAAAUGUCAACAUUACCCUAAACUGUACGCUAGACAUGCCUGAUAUAUUUGUCUUCAUUCUGCUGAUUUAAAGCUCCUUGGCGCUUUUUAAAAGGCCAAAAGCCUUCAUAAAAAUGUAUAAGUAAAUCCAGAUCAGACAGUUUGUCACGAUAAUUCUAAUAAAACCUACACUUCAGCAGGUGAAUGAUUUAUAUUGCAGUACCUUUCAAAGUAAUGCGACAUUUACUACUUUAGGGAAUCCAACAGUCUGAAGCCAUGUAGCAGUUGUUACGUAGUACACCAAGAGCCAUUCAGUAAUAUACAAGGACGGUACUGUAGUUUAAGUAGUCAUUAAUUUGUUUUGGAUACUUCACUGACUGACCAAAACAUGUAGUGACCAUGUACCAAAGCCUACAAUACGUAACUUCUGGCAUACUGUUUAAGUGAAAACAGGUGAGCCUUGAGUCUUCUGUGAUUUGCUUGCUCAAUCCGAUUUGGUCCACUUUGGUAAAUGUAGCCAUUUGAGUUGAAGAAUGAGCUGAUUUCAAGGGUACCCCACAUGUUUAUUCACUCAGGUCCUUUGGCUUCCCUUUUUUUGUUGCUGAAAUGUUGCACACAACUCUGUUAAAUUUAGGGCAGUAGUCGUUAAAGCUGGGUCUGCAAGACCAACAAAUUGUGCCUGCAGCCACGGCUAUCACCAUUUGAAAAAUAUGAAUCUGAUUGUAAUUUUAUUUUACAUUUUGGAAUAAGUAGUUUAAAUGUCAAGGGAGAAAUAAGCAAAUGUGCCCUUUGCAAAAAAUAACUUUGAGCACCAAUGGAUCAGACGAUAUGACACAAGACAGCAGAUUAUAUCGAUCUAUCUAUUAGGGCUGUCAAGUAAUUAAAAAAAAUAAUCGUGAUUAAUCUCACGAUUAAAAAAAAUAAUCUAAGUUAAUCUUGAUACAAUUAUUGCAU